UCACACUGAAGAUUUUUAGUUCCGUUUUGUCUUUCUCACAUAACAAUGCAAAAAGUUAAAGUGUUUUCACGCAAAUUACUCAAACACAAAUACCUCUGCCACCGAAUCCAUCAAUAUGCAAUACCUGCGCUCCAUUACACUACAGCUAGUAAGACGGAUGCCGAUUUGUCACCGAUGUCACUAGCACCUGGCUAUCAGCCUCAGCAGGUAGAACAGGCAUACUGGGAGCGUGAGAAGAAGCAGAAAAACCUGCCCAAUGACGGCGCCAGAUGCAAGCGUGGCUCGUUUCGCAUGCUGCUACCGCCACCCAAUGUUACUGGAAGUCUGCAUUUGGGGCACGCAUUAAAUGCAACUAUUCAAGAUGUGAUAGCGCGACAGCAUCGUCAACUUGGUUACCAAGUGGAAUGGGUACCUGGCACCGACCAUGCCGGCAUAGCCACUCAGGUGGUGGUAGAACGCACAUUGGCCACUGCUAAAGGUAAAACGCGACAGGAGCUCGGACGCAAUGCCUUUCUCAACGAGGUGUGGAAAUGGAAGGAGGAGAAGGGCGCUGGCAUUUCGGAGGACUUGCGUAAACUUGGCUGCUCGCUGGACUGGCAGCGGCAAUACUUUACAAUGGAUCAGAACCACGCAAAUGCAGUGAAUGUAGCCUUUGAAAAACUGUUUGACGAACAUCUGAUAGAGCGUCGCAAUUCAUUGGUGAAUUGGUCAUGCGCCUUGCUAUCUGCGAUAUCGGACAUUGAAGUUGAAUCGCUAGAUAUUAAGGAGCCCAUGGAGAUUGCAGUGCCAGGAUACACACAAAACGUGCUCUUUGGGCGUAUUUUUGAUUUUGCUUACCGCAUUGUUGAUAGUGAGCCACAAGCGGACGGUACCCCAGAAGAGAUUGUGGUGUCCACCACACGACCUGAAACUAUUCUCGGUGAUGUGGCAGUGGCUGUUCAUCCGCAGGAUCCUCGUUACAUAAAGUACCGCAACAAACCAGAUGUUAAACUGCAACAUCCAUUCCGCGAGGACACUAUUCCGCUUAUUUUCGAUCUGGCCGUUGACAAAGAGUUCGGAACGGGUGCUGUAAAGAUCACACCGGCUCAUGACAAAUUCGAUUUUGAGUUGGCAUCCCGUCACAAACUCGAUCCUAUCCAGGUUUUCAAUAGCAGUGGCCACAUUCUAGACACAUACACGGAAUUUAAGGGAAAGCCGCGCUUCGAAGCACGCGAUCUCAUUGUUGAUCGUCUGGAUGCCCUAGAAUUGUUACGCAGCGUGCGGUCCCAUAGCAUGCAAUUACCGUUUUGCUCUCGUUCCAAGGAUGUCGUGGAGUAUAUGAUUGUGCCGCAAUGGUUUCUUAAGUGCAAAGACAUGGCAGAGGCGGCCCUCUCUGAAUUACACAGUGGUCGACUGCAGAUAAUGCCACCAAACUUUGAACUGGAUUGGGACCGUUGGCUACAGAAUAGUCGCGAUUGGUGCAUUUCGCGUCAGCUUUGGUGGGGCCACCAAGUGCCCGCCUACGAGGCUCGCGAUGCCAACGGCAAUAGUUGCUGGGUGGCUGCAAUAAACGAGCAACGGGCCCGGGAAAAGGCAAAUGUUCGUUUAGGUACCACCGAUCUGACACUGACACGCGAUCCCGAUGUGCUGGAUACUUGGUUUUCCUCGUCGUUGUUACCAUUCUCAGUAGCCGGAUGGCCGCAAGAAAACUUUCGUGAUAAAUAUCCAUUGGAUCUGAUGCAGACAGGCCAUGACAUUCUUUUCUUCUGGGUAGCACGCAUGAUGAUGAUGGGUCUAAAGCUUACCGGCGAGGCACCCUUUCAACGCAUUCUGCUCAAUGGCAUAGUUUGCGAUGCGCAAGGCAGGAAAAUGUCAAAGAGUUUGGGUAACGUUGUAACACCACAGCAAGUGGUACAAGGUGCUAGCUUGGAGAGUCUAAAAGGGGAACUGCAAAAAUCCCGGAAUGCGGGCAUCAUAAAGGAAGAUGAGCUGAUUACCUCAAGUGCCGGUAUGAGCAAAAUGUUUCCGCAGGGAAUUCAGGAAUGUGGCACUGAUGCAUUGCGCUUUACUCUGCUUAGUCACAAUAUUAAGCACCAUUUCAUUAAUUUUGAUGUAUCCACAUGUCAUACGAACAAACUGUUCCUCAACAAGAUCUGGCAAGCAACGCGUUUUACGCUGGCCGCUGCUAAAAGCUUGGGCAUAGCUCUUCAAGAAAUCGAGACAAUGAAUAGUGCCACGCUAAGCAUGUGGGAUCGCUGGAUAAUUGGACGUUUAGCUGAAACACUGACCAUAUGCUCCGAUUGCUACAACAACUACAACUUCCAUAUGGCAACCGCGGCCUUGAAGCACUUCUUUUAUCAGAACCUAUGUGAUGUUUAUAUAGAAACAACGAAGCAUGCGAUAAAGAAUAAAACGGCUAGUGCCUAUGUCAACGUAGCUACCCUGACCACUUGCCUUAGCUGGGGUCUUCAGGCCAUGGCACCAUUUACACCAUUCGUUGCCUCCGAGCUCUUGCAACACUUGCCGCUCAAUGUUGAAGUCAAACUGUCCCACUACCAAGACUCUAAACUGGAGGCUGAAGUUUCGGAUAUCGUACAGCUGUGCCAAAACGUGCGUCAAGUGAAGUCACGCAAUCAGAUCAGCAAGAAGCACGAUCCCAAGCUCUAUCUCUUUGCACAAAACACCGAAGCCGAAGGCAUUUUGCGUCGCCAUUUGCCGCAAGUGCAAAUUCUCACCCGCUGCACAGGAGUCGAGCUGGAAUUGCUGAAUGAGGACUCAAAAUUCUCGAAGAAAAUCAAUUUCUUUUCGACGGCCGGUGCGCUCUGCUCCUUCGGCAUUACCAUGAACAAUGAAUUUGAUGCGUCGCAAGAGAAACAAGAGCUAAUGCUACUGGCAAACAACAAGAAGUUGAAGAAAUUGGUUACAGAGUUACGUAACUACCGCAUGCGUGUGGAUAACGAGGCAUUUCAGCUGAUGGCGGACAAGGAGACUCAGACACAUUUUCAAAACAAAAUUAAAGAACUGGAAGCAGAAAUUGAGAAUCUGAAACACCUGGCAGCGUAAACCUGUGAUGCUAAUGCCCGCUACUUGUUUAUAAAUUGAAACUAAAAGUGUGCAUAUUGUUUGUUUUUUUGUUAUAUAUGUAUAAUAGACCAAGUCUUCAAUUAGUUCGUAAACCAUUAA